AUGGCGGUUUCUAGAAGGUCGUCCGCCAUUGCCAAGCAAUCCAAGAAAGUGGACGAAAGAAGGAAGGCGGGUCUAUACGGCGCCGUUUUGUACGGAACCCCUGCUGCAAUUUUGUUGACAUUGUUUAUGCUUUUAUGGUCUUCUUCAACCUCCAUUGUUUCUCGGAGAUUCAUUCAUGUUUGUGUUUCCUCUAGAAAGCUUACCAAUCUUUAUUGCCUCUCUGCUGGCUCCCGCCCCGACUUCGAGAUUCCGGUACAAGUUGUUAAUCAUAGUCGUCCCGAGCUCGCCCUUCGGGAAUUAGAAACGAGAGAACUACGAAAUUCCAGUUCCAAUAAUGGGUAUAUAAACGAGAUCGUUGAAGUUCCAGAACCUUCCAUGAAGAACAAGGAGAUCAACGACGACGACGGCGAACAUUCCGUCGAUGGCCGUCGAAUCACGGCCGGAAGCGGAGACGAAGAGGAGAUUAUGAAUGCAAUGAAGGCCAUUGAAGAGCAGCUACGGCGGCAGAGGUCGUGGAUGAAGGUGUCGACGGGGAACAAUAAUGUUGAGGCGGCGGAGUGCGGCGGAAGAGGCAUUUACGUGUACGAACUUCCGGCGAAGUUCAAUAAAGAGCUGGUGGAGCAGUGCGGCGAGAUGGUUCCAUGGAUGGAUUUCUGCAAACAUUUCAGAAACGAAGGGUUAGGAGAUCCGAUUCCGGCGCUGGGGAAAGGAUGGUACAAUACUCAUCAGUACGCGCUCGAGCCGAUCUUCCAUUCCAGGAUUCUAAAGCAUCCUUGCAGAGUUUACAAGCAAGACGAAGCGAAGCUUUUCUACGUGCCCUACUAUGGCGGAAUGGACAUUCUCCGAUGGCAUUUCAAGAACAAUGUAACGAAUUCUCUGAAGGAUUCAUUAGGCUUAGAGCUAAUUCAAUGGCUGUCGGAUCAGAAGCCAUGGAUUCAAAACUCCGGCAAGGAUCACGUCUUUGUUUUGGGGAAAAUCUCAUGGGAUUUUCGAAGAAACGCAAAUUGGGGAACAAAAUUUCUAGAAUUCGACGAAUUACAGAACCCUAUCAAGCUCUUAAUAGAACGACAACCAUGGCAUCAAAACGACGUCGGAAUACCCCAUCCUACAUUCUUCCAUCCUCACAAAGACGACGACGUUUUCGCUUGGCAACGAAAAGCCCACCGAUCGAAGAGGAAACAUCUCGUCGGGUUCGCAGGAGCAGCCCGACCCGACUCGCCGGAAAACAUACGGUCGUUAUUAAUCAACCAUUGCGCCGCAGCAGCAGCGGCGGCGGAACGGCUCUGCCGGCAUAUGGACUGCACGAGUGGAGACUGCGACCGGCCGGAGGCGGUGAUUGAGCUGUUUUUGGAAUCGGAAUUUUGCCUGCAGCCGCCCGGAGACAGUCCGACCAGGAAAUCGGUAUUUGAUUCGUUGAUUUCAGGUUGUAUUCCGGUGUUUUUCGAUCCGUUUACGGCGUACUAUCAGUAUCCAUGGCAUUUACCGGAGGAUUAUGGGAAAUAUUCAGUGAUGAUUGACAAGAAAGAGUUGAAGAGAAGUGGAGAAAAUGUGGUGGAAAAAUUGAAAGGGAUUUCAUUGGAAAAAAGAGAGGAAAUGAGAAGGUAUAUUGUUUAUGAACUAAUGCCUGGCUUGGUUUAUGGAGAUUCGAAUAAUUUGAUUCGGAAAUUCCAAGAUGCUUAUGAUAUAGCAAUUAAUAAUUUGCUUCGAAGGGUUUCGAUGUUGUAAUGAAUUGAGUGUUCAUUAUUUUUGGUUU